AUGCGCGGGGGCACUGUGGCGGCCCCUGAGACCAAGGCGGCCCCCCUUAAGCUGGGGCCGAUUGAGAAGGUGACCAUCGACACGCCCGAGGCGGUGCCCACCCCCGCCCCUCCCGUCCCUGCGACCGCCGUGGCUCCCAAGCCCACCGUGGCCCCCGCCCCGGCGCCCGCCCCCGCGCCAGUCGUGAAGGCCGAGGCCCCCGCGCCGGUGCCGGCGCCCGUGGUGCCCAAGGCUGCGCCGCCGCCCAACGCCUUUGGCAGCAGCUCUGGCCCCUCCGCCGCGGCCGCCGCCUCGCCUCUGGGCAACCAGGGCCUGAUUGCCGGCGCCGCCGUGGCCACCGUGGCGAUUGCGGCUGUGGCGGUGGCCGGGUCUCAGGGCAACCUGGAGGGCGCGGUGGCCGGCAACGGGGCCGCCCCGGCCAGCUCCUCUCCUGCGGCCAGCGGCAGCAGCAGCGUGCCUCCCAACGUGGCCGAGGCUCGCGCCUGGAUCGCGGCCUGGAAGUCCAAGCACGGCAAGUGA